AUGUCCCUUAAUAGAUUACAGAAACACUAUAUUAAAGUUAAAACUAUACCUUCUCCAUCAAAAACAAAUGGGAGAACAGUUGAUGGCAACAAUAGCCCUGCUAAUGUAUUGCUCGAAUCCGAUAUCGAUCUGGAAAGGACUACCGCCAAAAAUACGCAAAGUAUAAAAGAAGACCAAGAAAAUGACGAUAAUUUUGAAAAAGAUGAAACAACGGUAUUUCAAUUUAAAGUGUUAGAUAGUAAAAGAAAUGGUCAUAACAAGCGUACAACUAACAAUUUAUCAAACAGAGAAAAUAAACGGAAAAGACUUAGUGCCAAUAACACGAGCAAUAUCAUGAGUUUGGGUGAGAGACUAGAUGAUCUACAGAACAUUAGUCAACCUAAAUGGAUGGAUAAUUUUAAUUCCAGUUACAUUAAUAACACCAAUAAAAAUAACCCAACAAGCCAAGUUGCCGAUACCAUUAGCAAUAUUAAUGGUGGAAGUAACGAUAAUAAUACCAAUACUGCAAUGUUUAAUUACUAUAAUCGAAAUAAUAAUGGAAAUAACAAUAAUCCGUUAAUCAAUCCAUAUAUGUAUUCAAUGCCACCAUCUCAAUAUUAUGGAAUAAAUGCACCAGGGCUGCUGCCACCACAUCCACAGCCUAUGCUUUACUAUGGUCCUAAUUCUAUACACCAGGGGUACUAUUCUCAACCAGUGAUAUCUGAUAGUAACAAUAACAACAACUCUAUGCUUGCAUAUAGUAUACCGCCAAUUCUUCAACAACAACAACAACAGGGAUACUUUUAUAAUACUGGUAAUUUGAAUGGAUAUAGUAACAUUUAUGGAAAUGGGAGGUAUUACAGUAAUACCGACAAACAGGAAAGAGUGAAAAGAAGAAGAAUGAGAGAAACUAUAAUAAAUAAUAGAGGAAGAAGGCUAUCUUCAUUCAUAACUUCAAAUAAUAAUAAUAAUAGUAACUACGAAACUGAAAAUGAAAAAGAUAUUAAAAGCACCAAUGAGGAUGCAAACAGGAAAGGUGUGUUGGUAUCACCUCAUAAAGAUAUUCCAGAUAGUGACUUUUAUAGGCAUGCCGAUAAUUCUUUUGGGAAAGAUUUGCAAUUAAAACAGAUAUUCAAUUGGUGUUUGAUUAGGGAGCUAGAUAAUUUAAAAGAAGUGGAGCAGAAAAGAUUAUUAUCAAACAAAAAGGACGGUUCCAUCGGACAAAGAGGAGAAGAAGAAGAAGAAGAAGAAGAAGAGGAAGAUAAUGACGAUGAUGAAAAAAGGACAAAAGAGGAAGAAGAGAAAGAAAAAGAAAAGGAAAAAGGAAAAGGAAAAGAAGAUGAUACAGGAGAGGACAUUAUUAAUUCAGAUAUAGACCCAAGACAAAUUGCCCUAAAUAUUUUUAGGGAUUUUGUUAAUGAUUUAAGAAAUGACAAGGUUGAUGUCGAUUGGUGCAAUGACAGAGGAAACACUAGUGCUUCGGAUUAUGGGCACGCUAAUGCUGAUUUAGGAGUGGACAAUAAUAAAAGUGAUAUUCUAGAAGACAUUGGUAACAAUAAAAAACAUAAGAUGAAAAAAGUGUUUAUACCGAAUUUGAAAAACAAAAGUAAUAGAGAAAAUGUCAAAUUAUUGAACUAUAAGAUCUUACAGUUACAGAAAGAAAUUGAUCAGUGGCGCAAACUUUUAAUAUUGGAACCAAAUUAUGAUAAUAUGCUAGAAAACACAAAAACGCCAAAUAUCUACGCUAAAGAGGUGCCUAAUAUUAUACCUUUGCCAACUUUGAACCUAGAGAGAAAUUUCCGGCUUCGUUUAGAUAAAUUUAAAGAAAUAUCUCAUUUAAUAAAUUCAAAUUUAAAAGUUAUUUCAAAUAUCCAGUCAAAACAGUUAAAUACCCUUAAAAUCAACUACGGACUUGAGCCUAAUACUGCUGGUAUUCACAAUAGUAAAAGACUCAAGGGUAUAUUAACCCGAUUAGCCAAAGGGAUAUCCAAUCAAGAAAAAACGGAUAUCAACCGUCCAGAUUAA